AAGGAGAGCGAGAGAUAGAGAGAAAGAGAGAAAGAGAGAGAGAGCAGGAGCACCUAGUCGCCUGGAGGCGAACCAGUGAUAAUUUUGUUUCUGUCCGGUAGACUGGCUCCAUCUACCACCGGGCGCGGGGCUGCUCUCUCGCGGCGUCCACGUUCUCAUAAAUGGGAAGGGAAAUCGAUGAGUCGCGCGCGGCACUGUUGCCACGGGACCACAGGAUGAGGUCGCUGGAGAGAGUGAUGACGUGGCAGUGAGAAACACACAUACCUCACUCUUGCACACAUGCACGCAGGCACGCACGCACGCACGCACACACACACACACAUAUUUGCCCACACACACUUUUAGUCUUGCCCUACUAAGACAGGGAGGAGGGGGAGAAAAUACUGCUAUGACGGUGUCAUUUCUCUCCAUUACCGGUGUGUGAGCCACACACACACACACAUUCACACACACUCCUACACCUACUCUGUGAGGAGUUGUCUGCACAGGGGAUAAGGCCCUAUCUAGGGCACAAAGAUGAAGUUCACAUCCUAUCCAUCAAGUAUCUAGCACUCACACAGAUGCUCACAUAAAUACACACACCUGGAAUCUCAUGUCAGAAGUGAAGAAUGAAAGACUGAAUGGAGAGAAAAGACAUUGUACACCUCAGAGAAGCUGCAGACACCAGGCCAAGACCAAAAAUGAUGUCACAAGUUUGCUAAAAAGACAGAGGGAGCUGCUGUUUGACCCCCCUCCUUCACUGGAACUGUACCACAAAGGAUCCUCACUUCUGAAAGAGCACUACCAAGAUAGCAAGGUGAACCUGUGGCACCUAGAGUGUUCUUCAAAGUGUCCUACAGUUGUCGCCAUGAGCUGUAGGCUACAGGGAACAGCCCAGCUCUAGCCUCUUGUGUGUAAGAGAGAGAGAGCAAGUGUGUGCAUGAGUGUGAUGGCGGUGUGUGUUUGGGCGGCAGCCCCGCUGCUCUUCCUCGGGCUGUGCCUAUGCAGCGUGGGGGGCCAGGCCCAAGGGGAGGUUCUGGAGUUCGGAGGGGUUUCCAGCCAAUGGGGACGGUUCCCAGUGUGGAACGCCUGCUGUGAGAGUGUGUUGAGCUUCAGCCUGCGGACUCACAGCCAGGAGGGCCUGCUGCUCUACCUGGAUGACGAGGGCUUCUGUGACUUCCUGGAGCUGCUGCUUCUCCAUGGCCACCUGCAUCUGCGUUUCUCCAUCUUCUGUGCUGAGCCGGCUGAGCUGCAGUCAGGUGUGGCAGUGAGUGAUGGGCGGUGGCACGCAGUGCGUGUCAAGCGGGACUGGAGGAACACCUCUUUGGAGGUGGAUGGGCGGCUGGAGGGUUGGGCAGAAGUGAAGAGCAAAAGAAGAGACAUGACUGUGUUCAGCCACACCUACAUGGGCGGGAUAACACCAGACCUUCACUCCUCACCUUUGCGUCUCACUUCGCCUUCGGUGCGGGAACAUCCUGCCCUCCGUGGCUGGAUCACGGCGGUGAGCAUCAACGGAUCACUCGUGAUGCUGGAUAGCUCGGAGGGCGUCAUAGUAACGGCAGGCUGUGGGCCGGACCACCAGUGCCAGAACGGAGGGGUGUGCAGCGUGGUCAACGACCAGGCCAUCUGCGACUGCUCGGACACUGGCUACCAAGGCAACGACUGCAGCGAAGAGUACAGCUACACUCCAGGUCUGGCACACCUGAUGAUUGGCGACCAAGCUCGCGAGGAAUAUGUCGCCACCUUUAAGGGCUCGGAGUACUUCUGCUAUGACCUGUCGCCCAACCCCAUCCAGUCUAGCAGCGACGAAAUCACCCUCUCUUUCAAGACACUGCAGCGCAACGGCCUGAUGCUACACACUGGCAAGUCAGCCGACUAUGUCAACCUGGCACUGAAGAACGGUGCCGUGUCACUCGUAAUCAACCUCGGAUCGGGGGCCUUCGAGGCCUUGGUGGAGCCCGUCAAUGGCAAAUUUAAUGACAACGCCUGGCACGAUGUCAAGGUCACCCGCAACCUGAGACAGCACUCAGGCAUUGGACACGCUAUGGUGACCAUCUCUGUGGACGGCAUCCUGACCACCACAGGCUACACCCAGGAGGACUACACCAUGCUGGGCUCUGAUGACUUCUUCUAUGUGGGAGGAAGCCCUAGCACUGCUGACCUGCCUGGUUCUCCAGUCAGCAAUAACUUCAUGGGCUGUCUCAAAGAGGUGGUGUACAAGAAUAAUGAUGUACGGUUGGAGCUGUCUAGACUGGCCAAACAGGGAGACCCAAAGAUGAAGGUGAGUGGGGUGGUGUCCUUCAAGUGUGAGAGUGUGGCCACGCUGGACCCCGUGACAUUUGACACCCCAGAGUCGUAUGUGGCACUGAGCAAGUGGACGGCGAAGAAGGCAGGAUCCAUCUCAUUUGACUUCAGGACCACAGAGCCAAAUGGUUUGAUGCUUUUCAGUCAUGGAAAACCCCGCCAGCAGCAACGCAAGGACCCUCGCACACCACCCAUACUCAAGAUUACUGAUGUUGAUGUGUUUGACAUCAAGGUGGACUUCUUUGCCAUCGAGAUGCUGGAUGGACACCUGUACCUUCUGCUAGACAUGGGCUCAGGAACCACCAAAACCAAGGCCAUUGACAGAAAGGUCAAUGACGGAGAAUGGUAUCACGUGGACUUUCAGAGGGACGGACGCUCAGGAACCAUCUCAGUGAACAGUGUAAGAACAGCGUAUACGGCUCCAGGAGACAGUGAGAUCCUGGAUCUGGAUGAAACCUUGUACCUCGGAGGACUACCUGAGGAUCGUGCAGGACUCAUCUUCCCCACAGAGGUGUGGACAGCGCUGCUGAACUAUGGUUACGUGGGCUGCAUAAGAGACCUGUUUGUGGACGGGCAGAGCAAAGACAUCCGGCGACUGGCCGAGGCCCAGAGGGCAGUCGGGGUAAAGCCCUCAUGCUCUAGGGAGCCCCCCAAGCAGUGUCUGUCCAACCCCUGCCAGCACAAUGGCAUCUGCAGGGAGGGAUGGAAUCGUUAUGUGUGUGACUGCUCUGGAACGGGCUACCUGGGACGCUCCUGCGAGAGAGAUGCAACUAUCCUGUCCUACGACGGCAGCAAGUUUAUGAAGGUGCAGUUGCCCGUAGUGAUGCAUACCGAGGCUGAGGACGUCUCACUACGCUUUCGCUCCCAGCGGGCGUAUGGCGUUCUCAUGGCAACAACAUCCCGUAACUCGGCAGACACCCUUCGUCUGGAGCUGGACGGGGGCCGUGUCCGACUCACUGUCAACCUAGACUGUAUCAGGAUAAACUGUACAGCCAGUAAAGGCCCAGAGACCAUCUUUGCGGGGUCGGGCCUCAAUGAUAAUGAGUGGCACACUGUGAGGGUAGUCCGGCGUGGCAAGAGCCUCAAACUCACCGUGGAUGACCUGCAGCCUGUUGAAGGUCAGAUGACAGGUGACCACACCCAGCUGGAGUUCCACAAUGUGGAGACGGGUAUUGUGACAGAGAAACGCUUCAUACCUGCUGUGCCCUCCAAUUUCAUUGGCCACCUUCAGGGCCUGGCACUGAAUGGUAUGCCAUACAUCGACCUGUGCAAGAACGGCGACAUUGACUACUGCGAACUCAACGCUGUCAUCGGCUACAAGAGCAUAGUGGCCGACCCCGUCACCUUCCGCUCGCGCUCCAGUUUUGUGACGCUGCCCACGCUCCAGGCUUAUUAUUCUAUGCAUCUCUUCAUGCAGUUCAAGACGACGUCCCCCGACGGCCUUAUUCUGUUCAACAGGGGAGACGGCAAUGACUUCAUCGUGGUGGAGCUGGUAAAAGGCUACCUGCAUUACAUUUCUGACCUGGGUAACGGUGCACACCUGAUCAAGGGUAACUCUAACAGUCCUCUAAAUGACAACCACUGGCACAAUGUGCACAUAUCCAGAGACAUUAACAAUCUUCACACGGUCAAGAUCGACACCAAAGUCACCACACAGACCACCAUGGGUGCCAAGAACCUGGACUUAAAGGGUGACUUAUACAUUGGGGGCGUCUCCAAAGAGAUGUACCGAGACCUGCCCAAGCUGGUCCACUCUCGUGAGGGUUUCCAGGGUUGCUUAGCAACAGUUGAUCUAAACGGCCGGCUCCCUGACCUUUUGGCAGAUGCCUUGGCAACCAUGGGACAAGUGGAGAGAGGCUGUGAAGUUACAUUGAUGAAAGCUGACUUGCAAGGUCCAAGCACCACCUGUCAGGAAGACUCGUGCUCAAAUCAGGGAGUCUGUCUGCAGCAGUGGGAGGGCUUCACCUGCGACUGCAGCAUGACUUCAUAUGCUGGGCCACUAUGCAAUGAUGCUGGGACCACCUAUAUCUUUGGGCGUGAUGGCGGCAUGGUGGUCUACACAUGGCCCCCUAACGAACGUCCCAGUACCAGGGCGGACAGACUCGCCCUCGGUUUCAGCACCCAACAGAAACACGCCAUUCUGCUCAGGGUGGACAGCGCCUCUGGCCUGGGAGACUACCUUCAGCUGCAGAUAGACAAGGGAAACAUUAGAGUAGUGUUUAACGUUGGCACCGACGAUAUCAACAUCGAGGAGAGCUCCAAGUUUGUCAACGAUGGGAAGUACCACAUAAUUCGCUUCACCCGCAGUGGAGGCAAUGCAACCCUCCAACUCGACGACCUACCAGUCAUAGAGCGAUAUCCCUCAGGCAACAUUGAUAACGAGCGCCUGGCCAUCGCCAGACAGCGAAUCCCCUAUCGGCUCGGUCGAGUAGUUGACGAUUGGCUACUCGACAAAGGUCGCCAGCUGACAAUCUUCAACAGCCAGACGACAGUGCGUGUUGGUGGAGGUGAGCGUGGGACAGGUAUGUUCCAGGGGCAGCUGUCUGGCCUCUACUACAAUGGCCUCCGAAUCCUCAACAUGGCAGCCGAGGGGCAUCCGCACAUUAGAGUGGAGGGCAGCGCACGGUUGGUCGGUGACAUGCCAUCCUCCUCCAUCACCCCACAGUCCAGUGCUGCAGCUGGAGGCAACCGCUCUGACUCGGCCCCAGCUAUAAGCGACAUCACUACCACCACAGCCACCAACCGGAAGCAGGGUGCCACACAGCAGUCGGCAGACGACCUGCUGGUGGCUUCAGCCGAGUGUCCCACCGAUGAUGAAGAUAUCGAUCCCUGUGACCCCAGUUCAGCCCACCCCCCUGUGCACGAGGUGUUCCCAGGUCCAUCAGAAGUGGUACGAGAGAGCAGCAGCACCACCGGCAUGGUGGUGGGCAUCGUGGCAGCUGCCGCCCUCUGCAUCCUCAUCCUCCUCUACGCCAUGUACAAGUACCGCAACCGCGAUGAAGGCUCCUACCACGUGGACGAGAGCCGCAACUACAUCAGCAAUUCUGCAACACAGCCCAACGGCAGCACCAAGGACAAGCCACUGGGCAUUGCCAAGAUCUCCAAGAACAAGAAGAACAAAGACAAGGAGUACUACGUCUGAGGCAGAAGAUGUCUAACACACAGAAAUAUACGCAUACACCUUUAUAUAUAACGGUAUAUGUACAUAAAUAGAUAUAUUCUCAAAAAAAAUAACACACAUGCACACGGACAUAGACAUACUGAUGUUAAUGUUUACUCUUCAAUAAUCAUACCUGCACACAUGCUGGCAAGCACAAACAUUUACACAUUGAAGCACAAACACACUAACAAUGAAGCACAUACACACACACACACACACACACACAAGCCCAAGGGCAUGGACCCUAAUUGUACAGUAUUUACCAAUGAGCAGAGCCUCUAAGAGAGGUGUGUUUUAUGAACAUAACCACCAUUCCAAAUGAUUUAGAAAGCAACUCUCAGUUAAGAACUAUUUUGCGGCCAGCCAGAUAAAAAAAGACAAAUCACUCCCUGCCCCAGCAGGACCUCUCCAGUUGGACUCAGAGAGGUCAAGGAAGAUUUUAAUUGAAGCAAAUGGCAGACUGAGUGUGUACGAGAACAAAGGUGAUAUAAAAGCACCAAGACAAGGACAAAGUUUCUCUUCCAAGCUUCUUGGCCUUCCUUCUUGUUAACAGAUGGGACACAAUGAAGCACUAAGGAUGCUAAAAAAAAAACAAAAAAAAAAACAAGCACACCAAUGGUCCAAGUCUAAUCCCAAGCACCAGGACAGGAAAUCAGGGUGUAGCCAAAGGGGCAAUGAAUUACAAGUGAAAAGGCAGAGGCAGGGCUGGUGCCAUUACUAUAAUGGAUGGGCUGUGUGUUAUGGUGCAGAGCUGAUGUUUUAUGGCGGCCUGUAAAUCACAAAGGUGGAAUCAGUGGAAAACAGAUAUUUUCCUGGACAGGAUACUUGAGACUUCAGAUGCUACCUACAGACACCAGUCAUGCAUGACUGUAGUGUCACACACACACACACACACACACAUAUAACAAAUGCACACAUUCUAAAAUAUAAUCUACAUGUGCAGACAAAUCUGCAAUGCUAAAGAUCCACCAUUCCUUCAUGACUGAUUCUGAAGACUAUACAAGAAGAAAAUGGUGAAAAUGACAAAGACCAUUAUGAUUAUUGUCAUGGAAAUGAUAUCGAUGAAUAUGAAGAACAUUUUGGGGAAGGGGGGGUCUAACUGCACGUGAACUAUCUUACUCCGUGUGAUUUAUACAGCGUCGAAACUCCAGAGGUUACACUAUGAAGCACCAACAUCAUAAACUUACCACCUCAGCUUGAAGUAUUUUUAAACACACACCUCAAAUGGUUUUCAGUGUGUGGGAUUCCACAAUGAUUACAUCUCUCAACCAAUUUUCAGUUUAAAUCUUCAUUGACAAAGUGUGACCAUUUUGCGUGUGCUGCAUGCCUGAGUCUCUGAGCUGUGCUGUGGAGUGGCGGCGUGUCUCACUAAGUCCAGAGGUGGUAGGUUUGUUUGUUGGAGGAGGGGGAAAAGAGGGAUGGUGUUGCGGGUUGCGAUGUCACUCCAGUGCAACACCUGGAUGUAUGCACCCGCCACAGUCCAUGCCCUGUUUUCUGGCUCACACCCACAAUACCUGCUCUAACAAACCAACUUUUUUAGCAAAAAACCAGCUGAGGGAGAAUGAAAAAAGUCAAAAACAAAACAAAGUAAAUGUUACCACGUGUUGCUAAUAGAUAGAAAACAAGUUCAUGAUGCCAUUGGCUAUAUGAAAAUUUGAGUUGCAUCAAUUUCAUUGGCUAUUACGUUUCUCUCUUUGCAUUCUUAUGUCUUUGUGCUCUUGGUUGAAUAAUUUACCAAUAAACAUGUCACAAUCAAUACAAGACAGACGGAUGGGUUUCCAAUGUGCUACAAUAUAAUAACCUGUUUAAUGUACUUUUGCAGCAUCUGAGCCCUUUACAGCUCAAGAAUUGUAGCCCCAUGAUACAAACAAUACAAACAGUGCCAUGACAUGAACAAACCCCUCCAGUUCCUCCAAGCAAUGUAACCAGUCAGAUGCAUGCAAAAAGGAUAAGGAUGAGAAAGGACAUAAAACGAGCUUUGUGUGAGAUUUCAAAGUAUUAUGUCAAAAAUAAGUGAACAUAUUCCCUUAUUCUCUCCAUCCUUAACUGGCCUUUUUGACUUCAUCGUCUUCCCUUCUCCUUUUUUCCUCGUUUGGUAUGUUUCACAGUCUGUCUCUUCAGCUCAUCCCCGUUCAACCCUUUCUUUUCCCCUCUCUGUUGUGGAGGUGUCUCAACCAAUGGGAUUCUACAUCUAGGUGUUCAUUAACCAUGUUUAUUUUCUAUAUGUACAAUUUUUCUACAGUAUUUACUUUUAUUUUUAUUGUUACAGUUCUUUGAUGAACAUAAAGUGGAAAUUUAUUAUGAAAAAUAGUUUUGAAGAUUAAUGAGUAAAUAAAAUAUUACCCAAGUGA